AUCGACGCUUCGAUAUUCCCAUGUAGACUCACACGACCUCCUUCACACAUCCAUUCUCCAAGCCCGCCAUUCCUAGAGCCAAAAAAAGCCCUCAAGAUGGGCUCACUCAUCGAAGACGAUGAUGACAUGCCACAACUCUCCUCCGAUGCCCUCUCCGCGCUCCAAGAUUUCUACACCGAGCGCGACACACGGCAAAAGCAAUUCGAAGACCUGCAAGCAAACGCCGAAGAUGAAUUCGACCAGGUCGAAGCAGGGGGGAAGAAACUCACCAUGGAAGCCUUCACCGAGGACUGGAACGCUUCUCAGUUUUGGUACCACGACGACACGGCGACGGCGCUGGCCCGCCAAUUGCUCCACAACGCCACCGACUCAACACGCAUAGCCGUCGUCUCAGCACCAAGUGCCUUCAUCCAGCUCAAGAACCUCUUGGCCUCGGGCGAAUACAAAUGCAAACCCCAACUCACCCUCCUCGAAUACGACCAACGCUUCUCCGUCUUCAAAAAAGAAUUCGUCCCCUACGACUUCCAAUCCCCCCUCAAGCUCCCCAGCGAGCUCAAAGCGUCCUUCGACCGCAUCAUCGUGGACCCGCCGUUCCUGAGCCAGGACUGCCAGACCAAAGCAGCGCUGACGGUGCGGUGGUUAGCCAGAUCGUGGACGAACCCUACGAGUUCCGCGGCGAGCGGCGAAGACGGAAGCGAUUCGUUCAGACUCGUUGUGUGUACGGGCGAGCGCAUGGAGAGCUUGAUCACGAAGCUGUAUGCUGGGGUGGGGGCAAGGACGACAUCGUACGAGCCGCGGCACGCGAAGGGGUUGAGCAAUGAGUUUCGGUGUUAUGCAAACUUUGAGUGUGGGGAUUGGACGUGGGUGUCAUGA